CGUGCAAAGUUGACUUGAUUAAAACAGUUUAAUGGUACCAAGUUCCUUCACUUUCAGAUAGGAAAGUGACACCCUCCGAGAACAAGAUCAUUGAUUUUCAGAAACUAAUCAAAUAUGCCAUUAUCCCAAAUUAGUUGUUUCAAAUUUCUCUUUUCUUUUUCUCAUUCUUCUUCCUUAAUGCCAACAUCAAAUCUUUCCUUUCCUGUUCUUUCAACUUUUCUUUUUGUUCUUGUAUUAUCCCUCACAACAUGCAAUGCCCAGGUUACCCAUUUCUGUCCUCCAUCUUCUUGUGGCAAUAUUCACAACAUCAGCUACCCUUUUCGAUUAAAAGGCGACCCAGAACACUGUGGGUUCCACUCAUAUGAACUAUCUUGUGAAAACAACCGAACAGUUUUAUACUUAUACUCUAGCAAAUACUAUGUACAAGCUAUUGAUUAUCGCAACUCCUCGCUUCGGAUCGUUGAUGCUGCUAUUAAGAAGGAUGAUUGUUCUUCACUUCCUCAAUAUUCAAUGACUGGGUCCAAUUUUAGCUUUUGGCAUCCAUAUAAUUAUUUUGCACCAUGGUGGAAUUAUGACUUUAACAUGUCUCCAAAGCUUAAGCUUACAACGUUCUUGAAAUGUGCAAAUCCAGUGAAUUCUCCUCGUUAUGUGAAUGCCGAUCGUUGUACUAGUGCGAAUUAUUCUUAUGUUAUUGAUAAUUUUGUCAAUAUAGCAGAUAUAGUGAACUUUUGUAGAGUCGAGUUGAUGGUUUUGUCAUCAUCACCUGCUAGGAUUGGCAAUAAUGUUUCAAUUCUUGAAAUUCUUAAUGACUUGGCAUAUGGGUUUGAUAUAUGGUGGAAUCGAGUUAUUUGUGAAACUUGUAAAGGAAAGGAAUAUUGCUUUCUAGAAAAUGGCCUGUUCAGGCCUGACUGCUCAGAAGGGUUCACUCUCAGGUACUUAAUAGACCAAAUUAAUGCUGGCCGGUGGUUGAUCUUGAUAGUUAUCGGAGCAAUCGUUGUGGCAAAACAUAUCUUCUGCACUCCUUGUGUGUUGGUAUUCUUGGUCUAUACAUGGUCAAGGAGGCAUGUUUCGAUGUAUGACAGCAUUGAAGAAUUCCUGCAAAGUCAAAACAACCUCACUCCAGUAAGGUAUUCUUACUCAGACAUUAGGAAAAUGACCAGUGCUUUUAAAGAUAAGUUGGGUGAAGGAGGGUAUGGCUCUGUAUAUAAAGCGAAACUUCGCAGUGGCCGAUUUGCAGCAGUAAAGAUGUUAGGCAAGUCCAAAGCAAAUGGCCAAGAAUUUAUCAAUGAAGUAGCAUCCAUUGGACAGGUUCACCACGUUAAUGUAGUACAAUUAAUUGGAUUUUGUGCUGAGGGAUCAAAACGUGCUCUUGUAUAUGAUUUCAUGCCUAAUGGAUCUCUUGAUAAAUAUGUUUUCUCUCGAGAAGGAAAUACCCAUCUGAGUUGGAAAAAGAUGCAUGAGAUAUCUCUUGGAGUGGCUCGCGGCAUUGAUUAUCUACACCGAGGUUGUAAGAUGCAAAUUCUGCAUUUUGAUAUUAAACCCCAUAACAUUCUUCUUGAUGAGAAUUUUAUUCCAAAGGUUUCUGACUUUGGGCUUGCCAAACUUCAGGCAACAAGUGAUAGCACUGUGACUCUUACUGCUGCAAGAGGAACAAUUGGAUACAUAGCACCAGAACUGUUCUACAAAAACAUUGGCGGUGUUUCAUACAAGGCUGAUGUUUAUAGUUUUGGAAUGUUGUUAAUGGAAAUGGUUGGAAAGAAGAAAAAUCUGAACGCAGAAGCAGACCAUUCCAGCCAAACUUACUUUCCUGAUUGGGUCUACAACGAAGUCAUUGAUGGAAAAGUUGAAAUUAGAAAUGGCACAGAGGAUGAAGAAAUGGUAGCGAAGAAGAUGAUUACAGUAGCAUUAUGGUGCAUACAAAUGAAGCCUAGUGAUCGUCCUUCAAUGCAAAAAGUUGUAGAGAUGCUUGAAGACAAUUUGGAAAGUCUACCACUACCUCCCAAACCUACUCUAUGGCCAGAAGAGCCACUAGUUGAAGAAGACUACACAGGUGAAACAUGGUCAUCAUCUACCUUAGUUGCUUGUUCUGAAUCAGCUAGUUUACUUACAAAUUCAUUCUGAAUGACAUAACAUAACAAACGGUGUAUUCUCCUGUGCAUAAAUAGAGAAAGAAGAUUCACAUUGUAAUUACUGAAAAGUGUCUUGAGGAAAUAUACAUUAUGAUGGCUUACUUAUCUA